AUGACUUCUUCAAGCCUGUCUGGCCCUAGGGUCACCAAUGGCGGCAAGACCACGCUGGCCCACAAGCUCAGGCAGGCCCUGCCCAACUGCAGCGUGGUGCAUCAGGAUGACUUCUUCAAGCCCCAGGAUGACAUAGAAGUUGAAGAUGGAUUUAAGCAGUAUGAUGUUAUUAGUGCCUUGGAUAUGGAAGCUAUGAUGAGUACCAUCAGUUCUUGGAUGAAAAACCCAAUCAAGUUUGAACGCUCACAUGGCAUCAAUAACAACUUGGAUGCCAACAUAUUUCAGUUUUCAGAGGAGAGAGAGGAAACAAUCCAUUUUCUUAUUAUAGAAGGCUUCCUUCUAUACACUUACAGACCAUUGAUUGAGAUAUUCGACCAUCGAUACUUUCUUUCCAUUCCAUAUGAAGAAUGCAAGAAGAGGAGGAGUUCAAGGAAUUACACUGUACCAGAUCCUCCUGGAUUGUUUGAUGGCCAUGUCUGGCCCAUGUAUAUUAAACAUAAGAAAAUAAUGGAAGACCUCAAAGUUGAUGUGGUUCAGUUGGAUGGAACAAAAUCAAAGGAGGAACUCUUUAAUGAAGUUCAUGGACAGCUCCAGAACAAGAUUGAAGAACUGUUGAUUAUGCAGAGCUAGACAAGCAGCUGGUGGAUUCCUGUGAUCUAAAAAGAAGCCUGUUAACAUUAACUUAUUUUUAUGCAUACCAGACUUUGCUAGUUAGUCUUCAGCUUCUGUUAAGACUUUCUUUUCACUUUUUAAAAUUGAACUUGUUCAGCUUUCACUUGAAACUCAUGGAGUAAAACGUGACCUUUAAUAAAGCAUUUCCCAUCCAUGA